AUGACAGCGAUCGGAAAAGGAUCGGUCAAGGCCGACGAUCAAGUCUGGGCUAAAGCCCAGCCACAUCAGCCAUUGACGACGCCGCUGCGAACUCAAAAAGGUGUGGAUUUCAAGUUUUCCGACGUCGUUUCCGGUGACUCCGGCUGUUGUUUCCGUCGAUCGAGGUAUGAAACUUUAUCUAAUUUUCGUGCUCAAGCUGUUUAUGUAUGUGGUUAG